GCAGAAGGAUCCACUCAGGUCACUUGGGGGCCCCGGGGGGCGGAGCCUCAGUAGAGGAAGUAUCUGCACAGAUUGGCUGCGUGUGCGUGGAUCAGUUACCUCCUCCAUCGGAGCCACUCGACAACUAAAAUAAAACAUCCUAGCGCGGAGCACGCGGGGGCUUUCUCCCUCGACCUAGCACAGGCUCGCGCUUCCUCAGGUCCGGGUUGGAGCAGUGCCGCCGGUCCAGGAGCGAGCAGCAUGCAUUCCGACUGCAGGCUGCUGCGGGCAGAGCGGUAAUGGUGGGCAGGGGGCCGCCCGGGGCCGGGGCUCUCGCCCUGUCGCUUCUCGUCAUCCUCACCGCGGAAGGCUGCGGAGCUCAGAACGGAGAUGGCUGUGGCCCCAGUGUGCUCGGCCCCAGCAGCGGGACCCUGUCCUCCCGGGGGUAUCCGGGGACAUACCCAAACGACUCUGUGUGCGAGUGGGAGAUCAGCGUGCCCCCCAAGAAGAGGAUCCACUUCCGCUUCGCCUUACUGGACAUAGAGGACAACAACUGCCAGGUCAACUACCUCCGUCUGUACAACGGCAUCGGGUCAAAGAGGAGCGAGAUCGAAAAAUACUGCGGUUUGGGCCUAAAAGUUGAAAAGCUGAUUGAAACCUCAGACCACAAGGCUACUGUCCAGUUCAGGAGUGGAACGCACCACACUGGACGUGGAUUCUACCUGUCCUACUCCACCACCGACCAUCCAGAUCUUAUCACCUGUUUGGACAAAGGCACAGAUUUCUCCGAGGCCGAGUUCAGUAAAUAUUGCCCGGCCGGCUGCUCCACGUCCGCCGAGGAGGUCUCUGGAACCAUUCCUAAAGGUUACCGAGAGACGUCUCCUCUGUGCACGGCAGCCAUCCACGCAGGUGUGGUGUCCAAUGCUGUGGGCGGGAGGAUCACCGUGGUCAGCAGCAAAGGUAUCCCCCGCUACGAUGGCGCCCUGGCGAACAACGUCACAUCCACCGGAGGAACUCUGUCCAACAGCCUCUUCACCUUCAGGACAAACGGCUGCUAUGGAACGCUGGGUCUGGAGUCCGGUGUGGUCGCAAACUCUCAGCUCGCCGCUUCCUCUUCGCUGAACUCUUACAUCACCGGUCAGGACGGCGAAUGGGGGCCAUCAGGGGCUCGGCUGAAGCAGGCGGGGCUGCCCUGGGCGCCUUCGGUCACCGACGACCAGCAGUGGCUGCAGGUGGAUCUGAGGAGGGAGACGAGGAUCACAGGCAUCAUCACCACCGGUUCCACCCUCAGGGAGUACCCGUGGUUUGUGUCGGAGUACCGAGUUCUGUUCAGUAACGAUGGCAGGGAGUGGUCCACCUACACCGAAGCCAAUUCUACUCAGCCCAAGAGUUUCCAAGGUAACGUCAACUACCUGCAUGAGGUGAGGAAUAACUUCAUCCCCCCCAUCGAGGCCCGCUUUGUGAGGAUCAACCCCGUAUCGCGGCACCCCAGCAGAGUGGCGCUGAAGCUAGAGCUGCUGGGCUGCCGGCUUCCUGCAGGGAGGACCAGAACCCCCAUGGGGCCCAGGACGUUCAUGCCGUCAUACCCUCCCUACCAAACAAAGCGGCCGCCUCAAACCACAACCCCUCCAGACAUCAGGAACACCACUAUGCCUUCACAAAACGACGUGUCGUCCGCAGCAGUCCUGGUGUCCGUGCUGGUCGUGGUUCCGACCGUUUUCAUCGUCAUUGCAGUCUGUGCCUGGCACUGCAAGAAUAAGAAGAAGAACUCUGAGGGAACGUACGACCUUCCUCAGUGGGACAGCACAGACUGGUGGAAAAGCAUGAAGCAGCUGUUACCUUCCAAGAUGCUGGAGACAGAGGAGACCAACCGGUACACCGACGACGGUGAUCUGCUCCCGGGGAGGGUCGCUGUUCCGAGGGUUCAUGCUGAACCUGCAGAGUACGCCCAACCCCUGGUGAGCGGCGUCACAACAUUAGGAGCGCGCUCAACCUUUAAACCAGAUGAGGGCCCAGAGCUGUACGACGCCCCCGUCUCAGACGCCUUCCACGCCUACGCUGAGCCGCUGCCCGCCUCCGGAUCCGAAUACGCCACCCCCAUCGUGGUGGACAUGGGCUGCCACCUGUCCUCGAAGGCGUGCGGUUUCAUGGGCCCCUCCUCGCUGCACGCACGGACAGACAGCGAGAGGUCGGAGUACGACACGCCCAAAAAUUCCACUGGACAGGCCACGCCCACUGAGGAGCUGACCUAUCAGGUGCCUCAAGUCAGCGCUCAAAAGGCGGCGGGAGAAGCGUGCUGAAAAAACACUGAGGGGGGGAUUGCUGGAGGCGGAGCCUGCGAGCCCGACCUGGAGUCUUGAAUGAACACUACCUUAGCUUUAGGUUCGUCCGGAGAUGUCUGUAUUGCACACACUUCAGCUGGUGGGUCGGCGCCAUGACAGUCCAAUCACUGAAACCACAGCCAUGAAUGUGCAGCUGAGUCUGAGAAACACCGACUACUGUUUUAAAGACUGUUGUGUGAUUCUAUGAAACUUCUGUGAAACUGUGACAUCAUUCCUCCACUGUUACCGCGCUCUUUUCCCGUCAGCAGAGCCCGGGGCUUUCCGACCACACGGUACGCCGGAGAGCCCCACUCACACCUGUACAGUUCAGGAGAAACGUCCGAGCGCCCAAAGGACUUAUUUAUAUUUAUUUCACAUGCUGCUGAUCCAGAGGGGAUCCUGCACUGUAGCAGAUACGGGGUCCUGUCGAUGUUUCCAAAGACUUUAGACCAAACUUGGCUCUUCCUGUGGUGAAUGUGCCAACACUAAUAAUCCAAUAAAGCAGUCUUAAUGGAAAAGGUA